AUGUCACUCCUGAAAAGAGAGCAAGCAAAGCUCUUAAUGACUUAUAAAGCGCGCGGCUAUGCUCCUGGCGUAGCAACAAAGCCGAGGGAUGGAUUGAUUAAUCUCAUAUCUAAGGGUUACGUAAAACUCAUCUUCCUGUCGUUGUUUACGCGACUCUACGAGGCAAAAGCCUUUUUCUUAUGUGCUAGCCUAAAUGUUGCAAAAGUUGCCUCCACGUUAAAUGUCAAAUAUGAAAUUUCCGGAGACAAGAACUUUACGUCUUUGCAAUUACUAAUAGGUCUUUCGUGUGUGAUGCCGCCGAGCGUAGUACCGUCCCUUCAACCACAAGAUGAGUCCCCACCAUCCUUGAAUCCUUCUUGCUGUAUUAAGCCGUCAAUGAGUCUUCCCCCGCGUCCAACAACAGCCAGUGUAAACCCUUUCAAGAAUGCUGCAGCAAUCACGCGUGCUCGUACUCACAGCUUUCCGACCGUCAACGAACAGAUUCUGGGAAAAUCGAGCUUAUGGAUGCAGAAAGCCGUAGACCGCGGGAUUUUCCGUCGCUUUGAAGAGGUCAGUAAUGAAGUCGAUAGUCUCAGGCGUAUCCAAAAUCUGGACUUACCCUCUUUGGAGGCGAAAGUCGUGGCCGAAGUCGGGUCAGAGCUUGCAUUAAAGCAGGCAAAUCUUGGUCAAACAAGGCACCAAUCCUUUCGCAUACGUGAAGUUCGAAACCACAUAAAUAAGCAGUUUGAGGCCCAGCAGGAUCGCAGUGCGCUUAAGGAGUACCUAGCCAUUGCAACGGGAUCUGCUGAACAUCAGGAAAACGAGACCGACGAACUCAAGGAGAAACCUGGGUAUCAAAGUGUUUGUAGUCAGUCUGAACACGAAAAUCAAGUGGAGCAAAGCGUUACUUGUGCACAGCUCGGAGACUUAUGUGCUACGAAUGAUAAAAACACAGAUAUCGUGGACCGUCUUGAGCAGCUUGAAAGAGAAAAGCAAAGGCUUUUAGGUGUUUUGGUCAGAACACUUCGUCUUCCUGAUGCACUGCAGAUGCAUACAAAUGUAGCCAUGUAUUCAUCCGAGGUGCAAUCAUGCAAGUCCAUCAAAAAACAGGUUGAUCGCGCUGCAGCUCUUUACUACCAGGCUUUGCAGCUGCUGCGCAUGGCCAUGACUACUGUGGUAUCAUCCCAGUACUCAGGUUCUGUGAGAGAAUUUGCCAACGGCCCGUAUGCUUUUACGGUGGAAGCUGGUCAACUCAUGCAGGCUGCAGUCAUUGGCAUUCAGCCUGAGGCCCGCCGCCGUUAUAGGCAAUUUGCUUCGGAGCUGCAAAAGCUGCGCCUUCCAAAGUUUCAUCAAGUAGUAAGCGAUUUUGUGCGUCGCGCACAGACUAACUUUAACCCGCGCAGUGCGCUUGCUCAAGAAGCUGCCAGAAGGCUUCCGGCGUGUGAGACUACAAUGGUCAUGACUCAUAAGCUCGUGAUUGAGAAGCUGGAAUUGCUGGAUCGAUGGAAACUCACGUUAGAACUGGACCAAGCUCACGCACAGAUCUCACAGCGUCGUCUCGAGACUCAUCUACAGCAGCGCUUGGCUUUAUUGGCUCGAUCUGUGUCGGUCUGA